AUGACACAUCUAGAAGAAUUCUCAUUCUUCCCUCUCCUCAGUGCAGAACUUCGAUUACAAGUCUGGCAAGAAGCACUCCUCAUACCACGCCUGGUCUUAAUCUGGAAACACCGCGCCCGAGACGCCAACAUCAUCCAUCGCUCUGUCGUCUCACCCCUCCUCUGCGUCAACCAUGAAUCUCGCAAUGAAGCUCUCAAAUUGUACGCACCUCCACCAUACUAUCCCACUUCACCAGAAACACCAGUCUACAUCGGUCCCGGUACAGACAUCGUCUACAUCGCCGGCUUAGAUGGUGAACGUCGAGCUUUCAAACACGUCACAUGGACAUGCGACUUCCUCGCUCAGGAUCUCGACUCCCAAUGUCCCAGCUUCGCUCCACUGCGAAGACUGGCUAUUGAUGAGGAGUUCCUCCAGCAGACACCAUGUUUGCAGUUCAGCAAGAUGCCUUAUAGUGUGUGGAAGCUCAUCAUUUCCGAUUUGCCGGAUCUGGAGGAGUUGAUUCUGAUCAGGCGGGGAAGUGGAUGUGGAUGGUCCGUGAGCGAGGUGGAGGAGAAGCUUAUGGAGGCAAAGGAGAAGUUUGUGGGUUUUUGGGAGGUUUUGUGCGCUGAUGAGGGAGAAGCUGAGACUUUGGUGGCAUGGCGUGUGCCCUCGAUUAGGAUACUGAAGCCCGAAGAGCUUGUUGAAAUCUGUUGGGUUUAG